CAGCUCAAAAAUCGAAGACGCCCAUUCUCUGGAAGAGGAAAGAUGCUGGACAGAGGAACGCCUGGUUUGUUGUCAAGCUCAUCUUGAAACUUGGAAGCUUCGUUCACUGGGCCAAUAACAAUCAUUCAAGCUCAUCCAAGAUGCGAUUUCGCUGGGCUAGUUGGUGGAUAUGUCCCUGAUGGCAGCCUAGCCAUUGGAUCGUUUAUUCAACCUGGAGCCUUCAGCAUUCUCAUGGCGUGAUUUUUUCGGGGGGAACAUUCCAAAAAAAUUUUUUCUCCAAUCAGCAAUUCUGCACAUCAACCUGCUUGAGUCUAAGUAGAUACCCAUUCCAUCACAAGCCACAAGACGAUUAAUAGGUUGUGCACUUUAUUGUGACACCCUUGCAUCUCAUGAAUCUCUCUUUUCAAGACUGAAUCAGUCAGUUGGUCACUUCAGUUGCAUAUCAAUCUUUCUUGGUCUGAAUGUCUAGUUUGAUCAAGUGGACAUGGUAGGAGCCAGGAUCUACCCAACAGUCAUGGUUGAUGUAAUGCAGACUUGAAAUUUGCUCCAUAGAAUUUCAUAUUCUCUUGGUAGACCUGUGGGCCUAAAGCUAAGGCCCAAGCAUCAGUCCUUCACGACCUCCUGGCUGAAAAGUUAACCUGCACACUCAUAUAUACGUUGCAAAGGAACUGGUUUUCCUUAAUCACCUAAAGAAACAAAAGGUGAAAAGAAUCUAACUCACAAGUCAAGAUGUCCAAGAGAUAUGUAGCCGAGGCAUCAGACGGUGGACCAGCUCCAAAGCGUAUUCAGCUGGAACAAGUCAACUUGGGACCAAUUGGAACUUUAACAGAGAUGGAGACCAAGACUUUGAUAUUUCAAAACAAAAAGUUGGCCCAGCUGCAGUUGACUGUGUUGCCUCUUGUUUUUGAGACAUAAGAAGGGGGAGAUGACCUGGAUGGGCUGGUGAAGACAGAACUGGAGAACAUGAAGGAGGAACACAAGCGUCUCCAUUGCCUCACCACCUCACUCCAUCAAAAGCAUCAUGCCAUGUCUCUCAAGGUGGCAGAGCUAGGGGAGAAGUUGGUGGCAGCAGAGACUGAGUGUGCAGAAUUGCGGGUGCGCUUAGAGGAGGCAGAGUAUGAGCGGGACAAGUGCACUGGGGAACGGGAUAAGAUGCAGAGCCUUCUGGUUGAGGCACGGGAGCAGGUGAAGAGCCUUCAGGUGCUUUGUGCAGAGAACCAGGACUCCCAGUCCCGCAAUGGACCCCAUGCCAAGAACCUCUCCACUCUUUCCCAGAAAAAGUUGGAGGAGCUACAACAUGAGCUGGAGGAGCAGCGUGAAUUGGCAUCAGGACGUAUGGCAGAGUUGGAGAAGCUGCAUGCCAAUCACAAGGAAGCCCUUCAGACUGUUGAGAAACUCAAAAUGGAGAUCAAGUAUAUCCCAGAAUCAACUAUUCAAGAAAGCGUUCCAUACAAGACACUCCAGAGCAACUUUUCAGUUCUCUACAACGAAUUUAUGAACUUGAAAACUGAGUAUGACAACAAAUGCGGUAAGCUCCAUCUGACAGAAGAGGAGGACACAAAGCGCAUUGCACUGAUGGAGAAUGAAGAGCUGAUGUGCCAGAAGAAGCUUAGAGCAGAGUUGAUGCAACUGGAGGAUAUGCUGGCCCAGGUGCGGAAAGAGUACGAGAUGCUUAGGAUUGAGUUUGAGCAGAACCUGGCAGCCAACGAGCAAACGGGUCCCAUCAACCGGGAGAUGCGGCAUCUCAUCACUUCACUCCAGAACCAUAAUCAUCAAUUAAAGGGGGAGAUCCAGCGAGGGAAAAAGAGGCACCGGGAACUCUCUAAUGAACUUGCCAAGGCUAGGAAGGAAAUAGAGGAUCUGCGGGCUCAGGUUGCUCAGCAGAAGUUGGGUGCCAAGAAGUUGAGUGCAGAUGGUUCUUCAGGGACACUGGUGAACAGUGGGGGUGCCAAUGGUCCAGGUCCACAUGAUGUGGGCUCAGGUCCAAGUCACAGGGACAAACAGCCAACCCAACAACAGAACUGUACUGGUGAUUCCACCCCUUCUCCAGUGGUACAUGUCAAACAAGAGUCUUUCAAGUCUGAGCACCCUGGUGCCAACUCACAUACUUGUGGGACUUUGGGACCGAUCGCCCAUUUCCUCAUCGAGGGAUUGCUCCAGAGGCACCAGCUUGGGUCCCAUCCCCAAUCGUGA